ACCAACCAAUACCAGACACAUUUGUAUUCGGCGUCUCAAAGUUUUUCUCGUUUGAUCCGUUCUUCCAAACUCCUUCCGCCUUGAUUCCAAUCCAACUGAUUCUCAAAAAAAAAUGGCGGAGGAGAGCAGCUUCGAUGGCUCCGAGAAGGAAGAGAUCGGUAGCUCACGCGGUGGCUUCGGAGAUUUGGGGUCUAUGGACUCUAUCGAGUCUCGAUGGGUUACUCAAGACGACGAUGAUUCCGAAAUCGACGUUGACGACGAAGACGAUGAUGAUGACGAUGAAGACGACGAACUAUACGGAACCGGACUUGAAUCGGAGGACGAGGAGAUAGCGGAGCACCGCCUGAUCCGUGCUCGUCCCCGUGCUGACUCCUUCGACGUGGAAGCUCUCGACGUUCCAGGUGCUUCGAGGGAUUACUACGAGGACUUGACUGUGGGAAGGAGAGUGUUGCUUGCGUUCCAGACGCUAGGGGUUGUAUUUGGAGACGUAGGAAUCAGUCCAUUGUAUACUUUCAGUGUUAUGUUCAGUAAAUCACCUGUACAAGAGCAAGAAGAUGUCAUUGGAGCCUUGUCAUUAGUGUUAUACACUUUACUUUUGAUCACUUUUGUUAAAUACGUUCUUCUUGUUCUAUGGGCAAAUGAUAAUGGUGAAGGUGGGACUUUUGCGUUAUACUCGUUGAUCUCUCGUCAUGCCAAGAUUAGUCUUAUUCCUAAUCAGCUUCGCUCAGACGCCCGGAUUUCAAGUUUUAGGCUGAAGGUGCCUUGCCCUGAGCUUGAGAGAUCAUUGAAACUGAAAGAAAAACUCGAGACUUCGUUAGUUCUGAAGAAACUUCUCCUCGUGAUAGUUCUCGCUGGAACUUCCAUGGUGAUUGCUGAUGGGGUUGUUACUCCUGCAAUGUCAGUAAUGUCAGCUGUGGGUGGACUUAAGGUAGGAGUUGAUGCAGUUAAGCAAGAUCAAGUGGUGAUGAUUUCGGUUGCAUUUCUGGUGAUACUGUUUAGUCUACAAAAGUAUGGGACGAGUAAGAUGGGACUAGUUGUCGGUCCCGCCUUACUUAUAUGGUUCUGCUGUCUUGCUGGUAUUGGCAUUCACAACCUGGUCAAAUACGAUAGCAGUGUUUACAGAGCAUUUAACCCUGUCCACAUCUAUUAUUUCUUCAAGAGGAACUCUAUAAAUGCGUGGUAUGCUCUGGGAGGUUGCAUUCUCUGUGCUACAGGCUCAGAGGCAUUGUUUGCAGACCUUUGCUACUUUUCUGUUAGAUCGGUUCAGCUUACGUUUGUGUUUCUCGUCCUGCCGUGCCUCACGUUGGGCUAUAUGGGACAAGCUGCAUACCUGAUGGAGAAUCAUGCAGAUGCUAAUCGAGCUUUCUUUUCAUCUGUUCCAGGUGCUGCAUUCUGGCCGGUUCUUUUCAUAGCCAACGUUGCAGCUUUGAUUGCCAGUCGCACAAUGACGACUGCAACAUUUUCAUGUAUUAAACAAUCAACAGCUCUGGGUUGUUUCCCCCGUCUUAAAAUUAUUCACACUUCUCGGAAAUUUAUGGGUCAGAUCUAUAUACCUGUCCUUAACUGGUUCCUGCUUGCCGUUUGCCUGGUCGUUGUCUGCUCAAUCUCAAGUGUCAGUGAGAUUGGAAAUGCAUAUGGGAUGGUUGAGCUUGGAGUGAUGAUGACAACGACAAUUCUAGUGACGUUAAUCAUGCUUCUUAUAUGGCAGAUAAACAUAAUACUAGUGUUUGCGUUUCUGAUAGUUUUCCUCGGAGUGGAACUAAUCUUUUUCUCGUCAGUUAUAGCGAGUGUCGGGGAUGGAAGCUGGAUAAUAUUGGUUUUUGCAGUAAUCAUGUUUGGUAUAAUGUAUGUUUGGAACUAUGGAAGUAAGCUCAAGUACGAAACAGAAGUCCAAGAAAAGCUGUCAAUGGAUUUGAUGAGAGAACUUGGGUGCAACCUGGGAACAAUAAGAGCUCCCGGUAUCGGUUUGCUAUACAACGAGUUAGUGAAGGGCGUACCAGCAAUAUUUGGUCAUUUUCUGACUACUCUUCCUGCAAUCCACUCCAUGGUGAUUUUUGUCUGCAUCAAAUACGUCCCGGUACCAGUUGUGCCCCAGAAUGAGAGGUUCCUCUUCAGACGUGUCUGCACCAAAAGCUAUCACUUAUUCCGUUGCAUUGCCAGGUAUGGUUACAAGGAUGCAAGAAAAGAGAACCACCAAGCAUUCGAGCAGCUGCUGAUUGAGAGCCUCGAGAAGUUUAUACGGAGAGAGGCUCAAGAACGUUCACUGGAGAGCGACGGGCACCAUGAUUCAGACUCAGAGGAAGAUUUUGCAGGUACUAGAGUUGUGAUCGGCCCCAACGGAAGCAUGUACUCGAUGGGCGAUCCACUUCUCUCAGAGUACAUUGAGUUAAACAAACCGAUCAUGGAAAUGAACAGUUCUUCUGAUCAUACAAACCACCAUCCCUUUGACGCCUCGUCUGACUCCUCUGUAUCUGAAGCGGAGCAGAGCCUGGAGAGAGAGUUGUCGUUCAUACACCAAGCCAAAGCAUCAGGGGUGGUGUAUCUACUCGGACAUGGUGAUAUAAGAGCAAGAAAAGAUUCAUGGUUCAUCAAGAAGUUAGUCAUUAAUUACUUUUACGCAUUCUUGAGGAAAAACUGCAGAAGAGGAAUUGCAAAUUUGAGUGUGCCUCAGUCCCAUCUGAUGCAGGUCGGCAUGACAUACAUGGUCUGAGCUUCUUAUUUCGAACACAGCUUAUUUUUCGUGCCCAUAGAUUUAAUUAUUUGUAAACCGCCUGAUGUUUCCGCAUUGUAAGUGAAGAAUCUGAGAGGUUGAUUGUUUGUAGAUCCUGAGAGUAUUUUUAGUUUUAGUUUUUCCAAAAUUUAGUUUUCAUCCAAUCAAGAUUUAAGCAAAGUAGAUUCCCUAA